CUAUUUUAAUGUCUUUCCAUGGAACAGGUACAACGUUUUCGGAGAAAGAAGCAUUUAGGAUAUUAGUUAGAGGAAAGCAUAAAGCAUCUGCACAUUGUUUUAGAACAUAUGCAGGUAUGCCAUCAGGGCCAAGACUAUGUGAGGGCUUAAGAGUUUUAAGACAUUUCAAAACAUCGAGAAUACUAAAGUCCUGGAAGUUAUCAGCUACAAGAUUAGUAACGUUAGAAGUGGUUAUAGUAGAAGGAGAGCGUAUAAAAGACAGAUUAAGAGCAUUAACAUCACAAGAGGGAAAAACAUUACAUCGCUUACUAUUGCCAGUAAUUUCAUUGAAAAAUUUCCACAUGCUGAUAGGAGAUUUGCAUGAUAAAAGUGUUUGGUUAUAGAUAGCAUUAAGAUUUUUGAUUUCAGAUUUGAUUUGAGCAUUAAUCUUUUUAAGUCCUAACUUGUCUUUGCAUUUAUAUAACAUUUCUUUUUGCCUGCGAAGUUGUUUGAGAUGGGGAGACGAGAAGCGGUCGAGGCGUUUGAACAGUGUUUGUUUGGGACAGCAUAUGUCGAGGCAGAACUUGAGAUAAUCCAUUAUAUUGGUGAUUGAGUCAUCUAAUGUAC